GGCUUCCCCUGAGCUACCUCCGGUCUCACAUUUGGUCCAGCAGACAAGGAGACCCAUGGAGUGCAGGACGAUCUGAGAUUUCACCGGCAAUCCGGAUUUUCCAUUCCAGAAGACACCAUGGCAGAGCAUGGGGCUCACCUCACUGCGGCCUCCAUCUAUGAGGACAGGCCAUCCAUCUUUGAGGUCGUUGCCCAAGACAGCUUGAUGUCAGCCGUGAGGCCCGCACUGCAACAUGUGGCCAAGGUGCUGGCAGAAUCCAACCCUGGCCGUUAUGGCUUCUUGUGGCGCUGGUUUGACGAAAUCUAUGCCCUCCUGGAUCUGCACCUCCAGCAUCACUUCCUCUCAAGGUGCAGCGCCUCUUUCGCUGAGAACUUCUACAGCUUGAAGAGAGUGGUGCUGAUGCACGGCGGUGGCAAGUCCAGGAAGAGACGCUCAGUCACUGCCGGGUUGCCGCGUAGGCCUCACUGGAAGUCCCUCUGCCUGCUGGUCCUCAUUCCCUACCUGAGGACCAAACUGGAAGCACUGGUUUCCCGUCUCCGGGAGGAGGACGAUUACUCCAUCCACCCACCAUCAUCGUCCUGGAAGCGGUUCUACAGGGCCUUCCUGGCCGCUUACCCCUUUGUGAACUUGGCUUGGGAGGGCUGGUUCCUGGCCCAGCAGCUCUGCUAUGUCCUGGGGAAGUCCCGGCACCACUCUCCCCUGCUGAGGCUGGCUGGCGUCCAGCUGGUGAGGCUCACGGCGGAAGAUGUGCGAGCCUUAGAGAAGGCGGCAGCCAUGAGCGGGAGCCCACAGCCAGCAGGAAGCUUGAAACAGCAGGUACAGUCUGCUGCAAAAAAAGCCUUGGGCGGCCUGGCCUUCUCCCUCUCCACCGGGCUCUCCGUGGGCGUCUUCUUUCUCCAGUUCUUGGAAUGGUGGUACUCGUCCGAGAACCAGGAGUCCAUCAAGUCCCUGACAGCUCUGCCUACCCCUCCGCCGCCCGUCCACCUGGACCGCAGGGCAGGCUCCCCGCUCUUGCCGAAGCUCAAGACCGUCUGCCCGCUCUGCCGCAAAGUCCGCGCCAACGACACGGCCCUCUCCACCUCCGGCUUCGUCUUCUGCUACCGCUGCGCCUACAACUACGUGAAGCAGCACCAGCGGUGUCCUGUCACUGGCUACGCCACGGAACUCCAGCACCUUGUCAAACUGUAUACCCCUGAAAACUGACGGGGUGGCCCGCACCCUCUGUCUCAGGCACCAUGUGGCUGGGUGGGAUACUUGCUUACGUUUGUAUGUGUUUCUCUUGUACACACAUGAAAUUUAUCUGCUACGCAGGCA